GGCACUUGUCCCGUUGGUUCAAUAGCAUUGGGCAUUAUAUUUGAGCCCCACAUAAGCAAACGUCGCUUUGAGCAAUUACAAAUUUUCACCAGUUAAAACGAGAAAAUGUGCGAACAGUACUGUGACAAGUUCGAGACCUUCAAUCCGGAGAUCGAGUUUGCCAAGUUCCAAAAACGCAAGCCCGUCGUCAGGACUGCCCAACUCUAUGAGAAUCUGCACAAGCGGGAGGACAUCAAGUGUCCCUACAGCUUCAAAGGUUAUGGCGUGGAAACGGAUGCCAACACAAUGUACCGCACCUGCAACUCGGAGUAUGGUUACUAUGCACCCAAUGCCUAUACCAUUCCGAAGCGCUUCUAUCCUUUGCCCCAGAGUUUCUCCAAUGAAGUCGUGCGUUUCGGCAUGUAUCGCAAUUUCUCCCUGAACACGCAUAUCGAUCGUACCUUCUACUAGGACACAAAUCACGCUGGCCCUAUAUUAUUUUAAACUUCAUACACAAUUUUACGAUUUCUUAUGAAAUUUGAAAUUUUAUUUUGGCCAUCAAGUACUACAAUAUUAUUCGAAACCCUUACUCUUAUUAAGUAACCUUCAGCAAAUCCAUCAACAAAUUUAAAACUGUAAAACGGCAUAAAAAUAAAUAACAUUUCAAAAAGUA